UCCUACGCCAGAUCCACUGCUGUCAUGUCAAUGGUGGGAUACAUCAUUGGUCUCGGUGAUCGUCACCCUCGACAAUGUUUUGAUUGACAUGACCACUGGAGAGGUGGUGCACAUCGACUACAACGUAUGCUUUGAAAAAGGGAAAAGCCUGCGGGUGCCAGAGAAGGUCCCAUUCAGGAUGACCCACAACAUUGAGACUGCCCUGGGAGUCACUGGGGUGGAGGGUAUCUUUAGGCUGUCCUGUGAACAGGUGGUUCAGAUAAUGCGACGAGGCAGAGAGACCUUACUGACCCUACUGGAGGCCUUUGUGUAUGACCCUCUGGUGGACUGGACUGCGGGGGGUGAGGUAGGAUUUGCUGGUGCGGUGUAUGGAGGGGGAGGCCAGCAGGCUGACAGCAAGAAGAGCAAGCGGGACAUGGAGAGGGACAUCACACGCUCGCUCUUCUCCUCGAGGGUGGCUGAGAUCAAGGUGAACUGGUUUAAGAAUCGUGAUGAAAUGCUAGCAGUUCUACCACAAGUAGAAGAAGUAGAAGAGUACUUGGUCCUGCAAGAGCUUCUCUGCCAAGGAGAGAAACGCCAAGCUAACACGAGGGAGAUGGCCUUCUUGGAGGGAGCAGAGAACCAUCCUGACCACGUCAUCUUCACCCUGGAGCAACGGUACUCUGAACACACCCAGCUGCAGUCACGACAGCGGACUGUGCAGGAGGCCAUUCAGAGCAAACUAGCUGAGCUGGACCAGUGGAUCUCCCAGUACCCAGCAUUUUCCAGCCUGGAGGCCACACAGCUUGCCAGCCUGCUGCAGGACAUAAGUAACCCUAUCGAUCUUGGUCCUCCAAGCUAUGUGCCAGCUACAGCCUUCUUGCAAAAUGCAGGUCAGGCCCACCUAAUUAGCCAGUGUGAGAGCCUGGAGGCAGAGGUGAGCACCUUGCUGCAGCAGCGCCGUGCAGCACUUCGCAGCUGCCUGGAGCAGCUUCACAGCUAUGCCACAGUGGCUUUGCUGUACCCACGGGCUACCCUAGUAUUCCACAGGUCCCAUCAGUGGAAGGCCUGGUUGGAAGAACUGCUGAGAGACAUGACAGUGGAUCACUGCCAGCACAUCUACAGACAAUACGAGGUGCUGUUUGCCCCCAGCCUUCUGCUGCCUCCUGCCAGUUUCCUUUCCAGUGUGGAGUUAACUCUGCAGCGCCAAGUGGCUGACACCAAUGAGCGAAUGAUGCACCAAGCAGAGCGGCUGAAGGCCGAGGGUACAAAUGUAGCGGCCUGCGAGGAGCAGCUGCAGGAGAUUGAACACUGCAUUACAGUUUUCCUGCGGGAGAAUGGAGAGCCAGGUUCUCUUAGCCUGGCUGCAAUCAUCACCUCUGCCCUCUGCACGCUCUGCAGGCGUAACCUGGUAAUGGAGGGUGCAGCAGCCAGUGCUGGGGAGCAGCUUGUAGACCUGACCUCUCGGGAUGGGGCGUGGUUUUUGGAGGAGCUCUGCUGUAUGAUUGGGAAUGUCAGCUCCCUUGUAACACUGCUACAGCGCUGCCAGCUCCUAGCUCAUGACCUGGAGCUCCCGCCACCUUCAGCUACCACCCAGGUUGUUUAUCUGGCCAAUGCUGUGUAUACGUGCUUGCAGGAACUGAACACCAACUUCCGUCAGAUUAUCUUUCCAGAGGCUCUGCGCUGUAUGGUAAAGGGAGAGCCCACCUUGGAGUCCAUGUUGGCAGAACUGGAGCAGCUGGUAGAUCAGAGCUCUGAUGGUCUUGGCCUGCAGGGUCUGGCCGAUAGUCUGCAAACCACCACAGGCCUGGACCACAACGGCCGCAAUCACUGCCUCCACAUCACCAGAAUGCUGCGUGCCCAGUACUCUGAGCUGAUUCAGCCUCGUAGCAUGGACGGACAGGGCCAGGACACACCGAAGAUGUCUGCAGGUCAAAUGUUGUUGGUUGCUUUUGAUGGCAUGUUCACUCAGCUGGAGACUGCUUUUGGGCAGCUCACUGAAAAGCUGAGUUCUUUGGAGGUGCCACCCCUCUGGAGGAAGGUGGAUGUUCUGAGAGAGGCCCGAGCCACACAGCUCCACUUUUUUGAUAGCCUGAAUCAGCGUCAGCUGAUGGAAGAGGUGUUCUUCCUCAAGAGACUGCAGACCAUCAGGGACUUCUUUAGGCUGUGUUCCUCAUUCGCUCAGACUCUGGCUGGUACCUGUCCCCCAGCUGAGGACCUGUUACCUACAAAUGGACCUGUUGGUUUGGGGAAACCCCUGUAUGGCCGACCCAAUGCAACAGGGUCGGGUGCGGCAGUGGCCAGUGAGGAACAGAUGAUUCGUCCCAUCAAGGCCUUCACUGCUGAGUUUGUCCGGCAGAUGCUCAUGGGUAUGCCCAGCCAAGCUCUCAGCCUGGCCCUCUGCAGCACCCUCUCUGCCCUUGGUGUGGACAUUGUCGCUCAGGUGGAAGCAAAAGACUUUGGUGCAGAGAGCAAGGUCUCUCUGGACGAGCUUUGUAAGAAGGCCGUGGAGCAGGGUCUGACGUCAGGCCGAGUCUCCCAGCUCUUGUUGAACAGAGCCACGGUGCUGGUCUCAUCCUAUGACACAGCAUGGAAGAAAGUGGACCUGCUGAGGAGGUUGGACAGCAACUUAGAGGCUGCCAAGGCCAGCCUGCAGAGGAGCCAGCUGCACAUCGCUAUGUUCCAGUGGCAGCACGAGGAUGUGCUAGGGCCCAGCAAUCAGCCUCUAAGUGUCAGCAUUCCUCCUCGUUCUGUCAUCCUCAGCAACAUGAAGAAGAAGCUGUAUAAGCUGAGUCAGGAUGAAGGAGCCAUUGUUGCCAUUCAGGAGAAGCUGGCUUCACUGGAAGCUAGCAUUGAGCAGCGUUUGAAGUGGGCCGGUGGAGCCAACCCAGCACUGGCACCUGUCCUGCAGGACUUUGAGAUGACCAUCAGAGAGAGACGUGCCAUGGUGGCCAGAGACAACCAGCGCACCAGCCAAGUCACCUUCCUAUGCUCCACUAUCCUCAACUUCGAGGGCCUUCGGACCCGAUCUCCUGAGGCUCUCAGCAUGGAUGCAGCACUCUUUGAACUGCUAAAGCGCUGCCAGCAGACUUGCUCAUAUGCUGCCCAGUUUAGCAGCACAGUGUCUCCACUGGAGCUCCAACUCCUGCACAGACUGAGUCCAGUGCCGGACUUGCCUAUAGGCAGUCCUGACUGGCUGAGCUGUGCCCAGAGGCAGCUGGAGGAAGAGCUCAGCAUAGAGCAGAGGAAUCAGGAGGAACGGGAGCAGCAGCUGGAAACCUGUGGAGAAACUCUGCAGCUGCUUGUGGACUCUAUUAAAACGAUUCUGUCUAAUCACAACCGCCAACUGGCCGACGUCAAGCACCUGCUGAGGGCCAUGGCCAAGGAUGAGGAGGCAGCACUGGCAGAUGGUGAAGAGGUGGCAUAUGAGGGCAGUGUGCGUCACUUCCUGCUGGAGUACAAAGCCUGGCAAGAUAAUAUCCAGUUAGUUUUGUUCACUGUUGUCCAGGCAAGCGGACAGCAUCUCAGCCAGGAGCAGCUGGAGCUACUGGAAGAAAUUCCUGCUACCCUGAAGGAACUGCACUCUCAGAGCCAGAGUGUCUAUAAUGGCCUGGUGGGCUUUGCCUCCCCACUGGUGACAGACAGAGACACUGAAUGCUCCAGUCCUGUUUCUGCAGCACAGUCGACCUUUGCAGCAGCUGUUAGAUGCAGUGGGUUGAAAACCCAGCCAGACUCAAUGUCCCAGAAUGCACGCAAGGCUCUCCCACGCAAUCUGGGAACUCCGACCGAUACCCCACCCAGUACUCUGCUAAUGAACAGCAAAGGUCUCAACCCCAGCCCCAAGAGGGCUGUACGAGACCCCAAAACAGGACGAGCAGUCCAAGAGAGGAACUCAUAUGCAGUCAGUGUGUGGAAGAGAGUGAAAGCCAAGCUGGAGGGCAGAGACAUCGAUCCCAACAGGAGGAUGAGUGUCACAGAGCAGGUGGACUUUGUUAUCAAGGAGGCUACCAACAUGGAUAACCUGGCCCAGCUGUAUGAGGGCUGGACUGCAUGGGUGUGAACGCUUUGCUGCUUCAUGUCUGGUCCAGCGAAGGCUUGGAGAUCCACCAGAGUCCAGCGGGACUGGGGUGUCGAAACAGCAGCACCAGGCCACACUAGGGGAAGAAUAUGGGAAGUGGAUGCUUAGUCCACCCUCCCACACCCCUGGGUACCCAAACUGGGGCAGCAACCUCGUAGCAUUGCUGCAACCACACUCCCCCAACAAUGGGCGAUUGGGCUAACACAGCGCUUAGUGGGCCUGCAGAACGGCCUUCCUUUUUGGGGUCUGAGUGGGCAAGGUGGCACCAGGAGAGGAAGGGGGGAAGGAAGGCAAAAGCCACCUCACCCUCACCUGCAUAGCUGACUAUCAAGUUGUACCCGUAAACAUCACUGCAUCAUUUUGUGCCUGUCAGAGUCCACCUGAGGGCAAGAUGAAGCAAGGGGUGAGCUGUUUCCCUUCAAAGCACACAGCUGACACACUGGCUGGGACUUUACUGUGGCUGAAGCUCAGUGGAUGGUGUGCUUACACAUGUUUUUCUCUAAUCUUUUCCUCAAUGGCAUUAUGAUUCUGAGCAGACAGUGAGUAACACUGUGAGGGAGGACUGAGUGAAAGAGGCUCAAAGACUGAAUUUAGAUCUACCAGAAAAGAAAGUGGAAAACAAUAAUCAAACUUUAAUUUGGUUAUUUGGGGGGAAGUUGACUCUAAAGUGCUGUCAAAUUUAACAGAAUAAAAGAUUGUGUAGAACUGUUUUCUUAGGUCUUUUUUCUGAUUUUGUGGAUAGAAGUGAAACCUCCUGUCGUGGAAUAGUUUGGAUGCUCACCUGAGAGUGAAGUGGGCUCGGUGAGGGGAACCCUCUGUUUGUUUUCUCAGUGUGGCUCUUCAGUGUGUUGUGCUUUGUUCUAUCAGUAGGAUUAGAUUUCUGCCUUUUUUUCAGCUUGCCUGUCUCAAACUGCUUGCAUCAUAUACUGACACCACAAGCUGUAAUGCUUGCUUUUUAUGAUUUUGGACCUUCUACUUUUACCUUUUUAUUGGGAGGAAUUUUGUUUUUGGUGAUGGUGAAAUAUGUUAAUUCUUAAAGCUUUUAUUGGAUUUUGUUGGAUGCCAAAUAAACAUGGAAGAAAGAAGUGUCAUGUUUUAUUUAACAUGAAAAAUGGAUACCAGGCUCAUCCAGUGGAAACCAGUAGAGAAAUGAGCACGUCUUCAACCAGAGGGAGAAACCCAAAGUGACCUGCCUCAGCACACAGAUACAUUUGGUAGAAGACAAAUGUCAGAUUGUACUUGGAUCUGGCUGCAGUGAACAGUAGAUGGAUCAGCUGAAGGUCCAGAUGAUUUCUCAGGUCCUGUGUCAGCUCUUUGAACUUGAUGUCCUUAAGAAAUAAAAAAUCCAGAAGAUACUGUU